UGCAAUUUGACUGUGGAGGGUUAUGUAGCCUCCAAAAGUGUGGCGGGAGGCGAGAGUGGGGGCGGGGGUGUGGUGAAAUAGCGCCCAACUGACAUGUCAUGUGGUUUGGCGCCGAGGAUCCAGUAGGAAACAUGGAUGGAGAUCUUAGUGAGGGAGGAAUGCAGAGUGUUGCUCUCAAUGACGGAACACACUGUGGGGAGACCCAGCCUCUAGCGGGCAUCCCCAUGUCCAAUGCCAUACCCAACUCGGGGGUACAGCCUCAGCUCACUUCUCCUUCACAGCCUAUUCCCACUCCUCAGGCUCGACCAACGUCCCUACCGCAGUACCCUCACAACCCAGGCUCAGCCUACACUUCACCCAAUAGUGCCAGCAGUCCUGAAUACGGCAAUAAGUGGGACUGUUAUAUCUCGCCGUUUCCAGCCAUGUCGCCCAUUCCAUUAGCUACACCAACGUCUCCUGGCACUGAAAAUGGGGCUGCUGUAGUUCGUACAAGUUCUAGUAAAAUGGAAACGAUUAAGACUUGGUCAAUAUCUACAUACAAGUGCACCAAGCAACUCUUAUCUGAGAAGUUAGGAAAAUCAUCUCGGACAGUAGAUGCAGAAUUAGAAGGGCAAAUUGAAUCACUUCGUGACACACAACGUAAAUAUUCCCAGAUAUUACGCUUGGCGAGGGCUUUAUCCUCGCAUUUCUUUCAUGUGGUACAAACACAGCAACAGCUGGGAGAUGCCUUUGCAGAUUUGGCCCAGAAAUCACCAGAGCUGCAGGAGGAGUUUAUAUACAAUGCUGAAACUCAAAGGACUCUCACGAAGAACGGAGAGACUCUUCUUGGGGCUUUGAACUUUUUUGUCUCUUCGGUAAAUACCCUAUGCAACAAGACUAUGGAAGACACUUUACUUACUGUCAAAUUAUACGAAGCUGCAAGGAUUGAAUAUGAUGCUUACCGGAGUGACUUGGAGAUGCUUUCACAACAGCCACGUUCAGAAAUUAGCUCCAUCAAGUUGGAAGAAGCCCAGAGAAACUUCAAUGGACACAAGGCUCACUAUGAUAGACUCAGAGCAGAUGUAGCCAUUAAACUUAAAUUCUUGGAUGAAAAUAAGGUGAAAGUAAUGCACAAGCAGUUAUUGCUAUUCCACAAUGCUGUAUCUGCAUAUUUUAGUGGCAACCAGACGGCUCUGGAAGCCACCCUUAAACAGUUCAACAUCAAACUCCGCAGCCCCAACACCGCACCUCCGUCGUGGCUGGAGCAGUAACAUUCUUUCCAUCCUGAUGGAGGAAGCUGAGGUGUAGUCAGCAAAUAUAAGCAAGCGAAUAGCCAGGAGUACAAUUUCCACAGUGAUUCAGUGAACUUCAAUUCAGACACUUUGGAUUUAACACACUUCAAGAAUGUAGCACUCAGCAUGUACAGUUCCUACCGACCCAAGACGCUUCAGCUUCAACACAGAGCAGACAGCAGAUUAUGACCGCAUCAAGCUACGACGCUGUCGCUCCCUAUCGAGUUUAGACACUCACGAUUCCCCAUCGAGCCGCCACGCUCUCCCACAUAGAACUCCGCGACUCCGGCUUCAUUCACCUCUCUGCUCUGCUCCAAGCUCCGUCUCAACAGUCACAACACUGCAAACAACCAACUACUGUAAUCAAGACUAAUAAAUAAAUAUGAAACUCACUAAACACUGUGUAUCUAAUCUACCCAACAACAUAACAUAAUCAUACGUUACACUCAUAACAGUCCUAUAAGAAGUGGCCGAUGCUCAUAACAGUCCUAUAAGAAGUGGCAGAUGCUCAUAACAGUCCUAUAAGAAGUGGCAGAUGCUCAUAACAGUCCUAUAAGAAGUGGCAGAUGCUCAUAACAGCCCUAUAAGAAGUGGCAGAUGCUCAUAACAGCCCUAUAAGAAGUGGCAGAUGCUCAUAACAGUCCUAUAAGAAGUGGCAGAUGCUCAUAACAGCCCUAUAAGAAGUGGCAGAUGCUCAUAACAGCCCUAUAAGAAGUGGCAGAUGCUCAUAACAGUCCUAUAAGAAGUGGCAGAUGCUCAUAACAGUCCUAUAAGAAGUGGCAGAUGCUCAUAACAGCCCUAUAAGAAGUGGCAGAUGCUCAUAACAGCCCUAUAAGAAGUGGCAGAUGCUCAUAACAGCCCUAUAAGAAGUGGCAGAUGCUCAUAACAGCCCUAGAAGAAGUGGCAGAUGCUCCUAACGGGUCCAUAAGAAGUGGCAGAUGCUCAUAACGGGUCCAUAAGAAGUGGCAGAUGCUCCUAACGGGUCCAUAAGAAGUGGCAGAUGCUCAUAACGGGUCCAUAAGAAGUGGCAGAUGCUCAUAACGGGUUCAUAAGAAGCGGCAGAUGCUCACAACAGCCCUAUAAGAAGUGGCAGAUGCUCAUAAUGGGUCCAUAAGAAGUGGCAGAUGCUCAUAACAUCCUUAUAAGAAGUGGCAGAUGCUCAUACUACUCCCAUAAGAAGUGGCAGAUACUCAUUCCUUUAAGACAUGGCAGAUGCUCAGAACUCAAAAUAUUUGAAUUAUUAUACAUCUAGUUAAUCUGUCAUUUACUGAGUUACUGGACAUUCUUUUCCAACUUCAUAAAAUAUAAUUGCGUUCAUUUAGUGGUUCUUAAUAUGGCAAAUGUGUUAGUUACAAUGUUGUACGGCUUUCCAUGGGCAUUAAUUUAUAGCUCUGAAGCUUCCUAAAAAAAUAUUUCGUCCAUAACCUGCAUAUUUAAGGUGUGAUGAAAGAUUAACAAGUUUCUUCAGGUCAGGGUUGACGGCAGUGGCUGCGUUAUUAUUUCUGGUGUUCACGCAAUGUUUAUAACUUUGGGGGAAGCCUUCACUGGGGGAAGGGGUAGGAAACCUGAUCUGAUUGUUUUAUCAUGGCAUUGAUUCUUAGCUCAAAUUGUUCUUUAGUGUUAUCUUAGCCAGAUGGAAUAGUCACAACAAACUUGGAGAUGUUCACACCUUUCUUUUUUAAGCUUCAUCUUUUGACACUUGGCAUCCAGUGGUCCUGAAAUAUAAGGACCAAAACAUUGAGUCAUAUGAAGAUAAAUAGAAGUACAAUGCUUAGUUUCUGCUUGAGCAAAAGUGAAUUCAACUUUCAGAUCUACAGGAAUGUAUUUACAAUGCAGUAUUUUGUAUCCAAGAUUGGUAAAUACAGUAGUUGUAUAAAAUACUUUGUCAUGAGUUUAAACCAGUGAAUUACUGGGACAUGUGCUAUUUAGGAUAUACUGGUUAUAAGCUGCCAUAUCUGCUUGUAUUUUAAUACCUUUUACUGCAUGAAGAACAGCUGCAGUAUAUGCACCUGUUACGGUAUGAAGAACGUCUGGAGUAUAUAUAGUAGACUACUAAACUUCGUCAUUUUGAAAUCCUGUAAUCAUGCGUAUUAUAAAACAAGGGAACAUUUGUGUUUAUUUACUGCCAUGUUUCGUUGAAUAUAUUUGGCUUUAUAACUGUGCUUCUUGCUUAUGUAUUUAGUUUGGUUUUCAUUAGAGUGCCUUGCACCACCCUCAUAAUACUUCACUUAUGUGUUUUGUAUAUAUAAGUGAGGUCAUUACUAAGUAUGGGGGCUGAAGUGUUUUACAGUUUUUUAUAUUUGUUAUCUUGCAUGUGCAUGUUGUUAUUGCAGGGUGUGUGCAUUACAACUUAUAUUUGUGCAGUGUCGUUGAAACCUAACCUGCAUCUUCUGCAGUGGAAAAAGAAUUGAAGUUAAUUAACUUGUAUUUGAAUUGUCAGCAGCUUACGCCGAAUUCCAUAUAUGAAUUUAUUUAGAAAGAAGAAAGUUUAUUUUAAAAUAACCACUUGGACCAUAAUGGUAAAUAUACAUGCCUCAAUAUUUAGUGAAGAUUGAAGAGUUGAGAAAGUGAGAGAUGGGAGGAAGUAGUAUGGGUGAUGUGUGAUGGCCACUGCCACAAGCUUGGCUCUUGCACUCAGUGUGAAGGGUAAGUAGUGUUUAACAUGACUAAAUGUAACAUUACAAAGACUCCCCCCCCCUAAUUAAUUUUCAACAUUAUAGUUUUAAUAUUUGUAAUGAGUGAUAGGUUUUAUUUCUUUUCAUAGUCCUCAACUCUUCAUUGUUCAUGUUAACUAGCUUCAAGCUCUAUGUUAAAUAUUAACUUUUGUACUAGAUCAUUGUAUGCAUUUAUGAGAUAAUAUGAUUUAAAAUGUAAGAGUUGUCUAUAAGUAUAGUUGGUAUGAAGAGUGAGAGUAAGGAGUUAAUAUGGCAGUACAUCAUGGUACUUGCCUUAAUCCUAGUGAUAGACAAUUUGCGAUUGCUUAGCAGUGUGUUUGUGUGCUUUUGUCUCAUAUAUUCUGUCUUUCCUACAGGGGUGAAUACUAGCAGAUGGGUGGAGAUUGUUUUGUGAAGUAUGACGUGUUUCUUGUGUAAAGUAGUGACAGUGUCUUAUGUCCUGCAGGGACUCGGGAAUAUACUAAGAAGCUGUUGUAACCUUGAUUCACUCUUGUUAACAAUUAAUAAUAAGACCAGAGUAUUUUCUCUUCUCUAAUUUUUAUUAAGUGCUAUGUGGAAAUUCAUUAUCUAUUACACCUAUGGUCAGUGCCAUUCUGAAGUAGAGACUGCAUUCCAUGCAUUAAUGCUUGGUAUUCAUACCAAAGUUAAGACCUAAUUCCUUUCUGAUAUCUCCACACAUUACCAAAGUUGAAACAUAAUGGUCAUCUUGAUAACAUCUUCAUACGUUGUCAAAGUUGAGACGUAAUAGCCUCCUUGAUAACGUCUCCGUACAUUACCGAAGUUGAGACAUACUGUAUAGCCUUCUUGGUGGCAUUUCUAUACAUUACCAAAACUGAGACGUAAUAGCCUUCUUGAUGACGUCUCCAUUCAUUACCAAAGCUGAGGCAUAACAUUCUUCUUAAUGACGUCUCCACACAUUACCAAAGUUGACGUAAUAACCUUAAUGACGUCUCCACACAUCACCAAAGUUGACGUAAUAACCUUAAUGACAUCUCCACACAUUACCAAAGUUGACGUAAUAACCUUAAUGACGUCUCCACACAUUACCAAAGUUGACGUAAUAACCUUAAUGACGUCUCCACACAUUACCAAAGUUGACGUAAUAACCUUAAUGACGUCUCCACACAUUACCAAAGUUGACGUAAUAACCUUAAUGACGUCUCCACACACUACCAAAGUUGACGUAAUAACCUUAAUGACGUCUCCACACAUUACCAAAGUUGACGUAAUAACCUUAAUGACAUCUCCACACAUUACCAAAGUUGACGUAAUAACCUUAAUGACGUCUCCACACAUUACCAAAGUUGACGUAAUAACCUUAAUGACGUCUCCACACAUUACCAAAGUUGACGUAAUAACCUUAAUGACAUCUCCACACAUUACCAAAGUUGACGUAAUAACCUUAAUGACAUCUCCAUGCAUUACCAAAGUUGAGACUUGACUGUAAAAUAUUCUUUGAUGGGUAUGAACUAAGAGCAGUAUAACAUGCUGGUGGACUCCAGUUGUAUCAUUUCCUGUUCUUUUUUAUGCUGUACUGUAUAUGUAAAAAAAAAUCUUUAUUCAAUGUCUAUAAAUAAUUUUCUGUUCUUUAUUGAUUCAUGUCUUUAAUUCAUUUUAAAAUCUUAAAAGAAAAACUCACAGUUGUUGUUAACUAAAUUAUCUGUACACAAUUUGGUACUGCUUAAUUAAUAAUGACUGAUUCAUUUAUAUAUUAGCUAAGAGUUGUUAUAUGAAGCAGAUCAUGGUAUCCUUUAUGUAGAAGUUAAAUUUUGUUUCUUAUACCACACAUUUAAUGCUCAGUGGUUCACUUGCUUAAUCUUUCAUGGCUAUCAAGGUGCUUUUCAUAAAAUAUCCAUAAGAUCAAAGAUUUUAUGGAAGACCUCUAAAUGUUGCUGAUAUACUUAAAAAUCACACCAGACUUGAUUGACUGAUGAGCACCUACCAGGGACCACGAUCACAAUGUGGCCGCCUCAGUAGAGUAAGGUAGUCUGGGGAUCACAGAUCAACCACAGUACCCAGGAGAAAACCACCAGAAAGGCAGAGUGCACCAAAACAGAUAACUGCAUGUUAAUCAUUGGCACCACUGUCUCUGAACAAUGUAAACAAUCAUUACCCAUGAUGAACCACUGGUCCAUCACUCCUACACCAUGCCAGAUGGCAACACCUACCAGAGGUGGUCUUGGGAGGCCAACUACUCAUUCUUGCACCGGGGCUGCCCCUUGCAGCCCUGUCAGCGAGAGGCUGACGGCUGAGUGGACAGCGCUCGGGAUUCGUAGUCCUAAGGUUCUGGGUUCGAUCUGCAGUGGAGGUGGAAACAAAUGGACAGAGUUUCUUUCACCCUGAUGUUCCUGUUCAUCAAGCAGUAAAU